AUGGAGAAGAAGAAAUCCAGUGAAUCGAGCAAUCGCAUGAUAUGGGAUUGCGGAAGCUCGCUCUACGACUCGUUCGAGUUGAACUCGCUCCAAAAGGAGCUCGAUUCCGCCCUAGUCGCCAGAACUCUCUCGAUGCCCCAUUUAUCCGAUCGCCGCCCUCCGCCGCCGCCGGAGAACAGGAAGCAGUCGUCGAAGAUUUCUCGCUCUUUUCGUAAGCUGAUUCGAGCGGUUUUCAGGCCAAAAGGCGCCAAAAAAUCGAGUUGCGAUGAGAAAUCGGGGAACAGAUUUUACGUGGUUUAUGAUCGAGCUCCUAAAAUGGCGCAAAUUCCGGAAUAUGAGGAACUGUCGCCUAGAUUAAGAAGGUCAGCUUCUCUAGGAGUUAUUUGUUCUUGA